AUGGCUCCGGGAACGUUUUCCAAUCGAGUGAAAACUUGCCCUGAUUUUGCGUCAUAUUUCUUUUUUUUGGUUUUUUCGUUGUUUUUUUACGCAUUUUCAGGAUACGGAGAUUUUGCUGGUCUGGGAAAUUUCAACAACUUCGAGAGUGCAGCUGAGCAACAACCCCCACCACCCCACGUACCAAUGGACGAAGGGGCUACUCCGCAACCACUGUCCGGCAACGGUCGUCGCUCGGGCAACAGCAACUACAGCCUGCAGCAGGAGAUCAUUUGGAUAAAGCAAGAUUCGGCUCAGAUCCGUAAUGCUGUGGUACUGUUGGAGAAGGAAAAGGAUAACUUGCGCCAAGCAGUUCGUAAGCUUAAGUUGGAAAACGCACGAGUGAAGCAGAAGAUGAAGCGCAUGCAGGAAAGCAUUAAUGGGUUGACUGGGGUAUCGGCCGAAACCGAGAAUCUCAAAGCUGGAGCAGCCGAAGCCGAGCUUGACUACGAUGACAUCGGGCGAGACUUCAUUCUUGUUGGAGGUGCCCAGGAUCCGCUGAGUUUGCGUUUCGAGGUGUCGAUCCGUGAUGACCGAGCGAUCGAGCAUAAGUCCGCCGAGCGCUAUUACUGGUACAAAAUGGCGGAGCAUUUCGGCGACACGGAUGUGAUGGCAAAGAUUCUGGAUGCUCCGUCGACUAUGAAAGCGGAAGAAGCGAUGAAGGAGAUCAAGGGCUUCGACGAAGCAAAGUGGAAUGAGGUCAAGCUGUCGGUUUGGGAGACUGGACAACGUAUGAAAUUCGAGCAGACACGCUGGAUCGCAAAUCUACUGGUGUACACCGGCAAGACGUACAUAGCGGUCGCUUCACAGGACAAAAUAUUCGGUACAGGCUGGCGUAAAAAUCGUGAUGAAGCGAACAAGCCAAUCUUCUGGGAUGGAGAAAAUCAGGGCGGCAAAGCGCUUAUGAGACUCCGCCAACAGAUUAAGGAGACUCAUACUUGGUCAGGCCCCUAUGAAGAACAGGAGAUCGAGAAGCGCUUCAAUGAGCUUAAGAAGUACGUCUGGCGCCGUAUCGAUCCGGCCCGUCGUCUGGGCCUCAUGCGUGGCCGUGCACGUGGUGGCUUCGGUCGCCGUGGCGGUUACGGGGGACGUGGCUACGGUGCGCCCAGUGUUGGCUUCCCACAAGCUGUUCGCCACUGA